AUGAAAGAAACAAUCAUGAACCAGGAAAAACUGGCCAAGCUGCAGGCACAAGUGCACAUUGGUGGGAAAGGAACUGCUCGCAGAAAGAAGAGGGUGACUCACAGAACAGCCACAGCAGAUGAUAAAACACUGCAGUUCUCCUUAAAGAAGUUCUCUGGUAUUGGAGAGGUGAACAUGUUCACAAACCAAGGAACAGUGAUCCAUUUUAACAACCCUAAAGUUCAGGCAUCUCUGGGAGCAAAUACCUUCACUGUUACAGGCCACGCCAAGACAAAGCAACUGACAGAAAUGCUUCCCAGCAUUCUAAACCAGCUUGGGGCAGACAGUCUGACUAGUUUAAGGAGACUGGCUGAAGCUCUGUCCAAACAAUCUGUGGAUGGAAAAGCACCCCUUGCUACUGGAGAGGAUGAUGAUGAUGAAGUCCCAGAUCUGGUGGAGAAUUUUGAUGAGGCUUCUAAGAAACUUGCCAAUGCGAAGGAGUACCUCUUCAAGUUUAGUGGCCUCCUUUGCAGCCUAUCGGCCUUGGUGUUCGAGAUAGUCAUCGCAAGCAGCCAAUUCUGGCGCCUCUGGGAAUUCGAUGACAAGCUUGUGCAAUUCGUGUCUUUUGGACUUUGGGAAGCUUACUACCCUCAAGAAUUUAAUGUUUCAGGCACUGUAACCAAGAUUCUGGUGCACACCCCUAUCAAUUCCACGUGGACCAUUUCACGUGAAUUUGAGUACGCACGGACCCUGAUAAUGGGGACUGUUUUGAUGAAGCCUGUAGUUCUGAUUUUCGGUGCAAUUGCCAUUAAGAUUGGCUGCAUGAAAGACCCAUUUAUUGAGAUGCAGUUAUAUUGCUACAAGGUUGCUGCCUUAGUUUUGUGUGUUAGCAGCAUCUUCACAUUUGUUUCUGUGAGCUGGAACCACUUUGUAGAUCAUUAUGGCCAAACCGCUCUUGACUUUCCACCUGACUUUCCGGUUAAAAAAGAAGCCUUAAUAAGCAAACACUAUACUGUUGUGUUCCCAAUAGGGGUACUGAUUGCCGCUAUGUCACUCUUUGGUGUUACCUUUUUUCUCUUUGAGAUAAACUCUUUGAAACUAAAGAGUCAGGUGAAGGCCAAGUGUGCUUCCAUCGUGGCCGAUCAAGAGAUAUGA